AUGACUAGUGCUGCUGCAAGACUUCAGAACGUCAACAUCGUGUCUAACAACUACUCUCGUUACGGUACCUCCGUCUACGAUAAGUUGUACCAUAAUAAUAACAUCAAUUACAAUAACGGCGGUAAAAAUGCGGGCACAGCUGCUAAACCGCCAUCGAUCUCACAGAAGUCAAGGAAUAAACACCGUCAUGGUUCAAAUGGCUCGAAAUCAACGAGUCAAUCGCCCAUUUCAACGUUCAAAUCUCCACUCUCUUCUCAAAAUCAAGUCAGCGGUCCAGAUGAUUUGUCCUCUAUAGGUCAGAGGCGUAGCGAUGACGUUGCUUCAUUGGAUAACGAAACUAUUGUAACAAUGAACUCUAGAAAAUCAAGAAUAAAAAAAAAAUAUAAGUCCUUAAUUUCUACUUCUUCGAAAAAAUUUAUGAAUAAAUUGUACGAUCAUGGAGCUUCGUCUGAUUCUUUCUCCAUUUUUUCCUUGAAGACUUCUCAUUCCGGUAAACAUGAAAAUUCUAGAUUUGAAAAGUUGAGAAAAAGAAAAUAUCAUGUUUGGGGCAAAUUCGCCGAUAUCAACGACUUACCAGUUGAGAUAAUUGCUAAAAUACUCUCCGAGCUCGAAUUGGGCCAUGACCAAAAGACACUAGUGAGAUGUCUGUACGUUUCAAAAAAUUUCUACCAGGCGACCAAGAUCGUUCUUUACAAACAACCUUAUUUCACGUCCACUUAUAGAGUGGCGCAAUUCGUCACUUCGAUAAGGCUGCAUCCGGAUAAUGGUGCAUAUGUGAAAGUAUUGGAUCUAUCUCAUCUGAAGCCGGGCCUUAUCGGUCAAGAUUCAAAGGUUUCUCUAGGCCUAGAUGAAGAUGGCCGCUCAAGGCGCCACAGACGCCAUCGCGGCAGAUCUACAAACGUAAGUUUAAGCUUGCCUCCUGCUACCCCGACAUCUACCAUUUCAAAUGACGAUGACCUCAAUAACAUAUCAAUCAAAGACGACAUUUCAAGUACUAGCGAAUUUGAAGAUCUAGCAUUAGCCGGUUGGAGGGAUUGGAGAUAUAGAAAUGAGCCUCUUUACAGCUCUCCCUUGCUAAACAGCUUUAAGUUGAAGAAAGUUGUUUCCCGUUCCUCUUCCAUCACAUCUACCUCUUCGGGGAAUUCUACUGGUGUUCAUUCCACAAGGAGACAGCGUUCAAAUAGUUCCGUUGCUUCCAUAACGACCAGUAUUAUGUCGUCCAUUUACAACACUUCUCACGUCUCACUUUCUUCGACAACCUCUAACACCAGUAAUGGAAAUAUGUCUUCUGGUAGUAAUCUGUCGAGAGUUUCUACGGCUGGAUCAUUGAAAAAAACUCCCGCAAACUCCGCUAGGACGUCUCCUCAGAAGGCAAAACCAAUUUCUGACAUUACCUCGUCCUCCUGGUUUAGAAUGAAGUUGAGUUCGAGAAACAGGAAAGCAAGGACGGCUGGUACAGUCGACUUAAAACAUCCAAAGAGCAAGCCGGUUGAUGACUCCAAAAGUAAUGGGAAGAAUUCAAAGCAUUCAUCCAGUUGUCGUCCUUCCAGGUUGACAUUCAGUAUUGAACAGCCAUUUAGCACUCACCAUCCAUAUGCCAACAAAUUCCUCUUAAAAUACGCCCCUUACAAAGAUUUGCCCUUGGGCUACAUUUUACAUAUGUUGAACUCAUGUCCUAACCUCGUCGAAUUGAACCUGUCCAACUUAGUCAUCUGUGCCGAUUUCAAACUAAUCAAUCAAAAAUCCGAAAGAAGAAGAAUGACCUCUUCACUAUUACCUGCCGUUCAAGAGUCAAGUAUUUCAGUAGGACCGGAACAAGAUUUAGAAGUUGUUUAUAUUACUGAUUCCGGAAAAGGUUAUGAAUACUAUGAGGGACUGAACAAGAAACAUUCGCGUUCUUCAAGUUUGGGCACCAAUCCCUCUAGCUGGAUUGGUGGACAGGCAAAUUGGGGAAAUUAUCCACCCCCAAUUGACGCGCAAACUAAAACAAGAGAAGAGCACAGGCGCAACAAUACUUUGUAUCAAAAUAAAAACGUCGAGUUACAAAAGUUGAACCCUUUUGAAAUUUUUGAAAUAAUUUGUAAAAGAAAUGAAGGGAACAGGGGCUACAGCGCCUUAACUAAGGUGAAGAUGAAUGAUAUUGUUUGGUGUAGACAAUACAUGGUCAAGUACUUUGUGUUGAAAACGUUCUGCCAACAUUUGAACUAUAAAUCUAUGAGCAAUAAUUCUUACGAACAGCACAUAUUUAGUUUCCGGGAUUCAGGUCUGGACAGAAAUUUUUCCUGGGCUUGCAAUGCUAGACUGCCUGAAUUUGUCGCUUUGAUGGUUAUGGACCAGCUCUCUAAGCUCGACGAUUUGGGGCUGGAGGAGCUCUUCAAUAUCAAAUCCGAAAAGCUAUACGUAAAAAAUUACUGUGCUCGUGAUCCUGACAUCCUCGAAAUAUCAGAUCUGUUUGAUAUGAAAUAUGGCACCGGGUCUGAAUCUGAUGCUACCUCUGAUUUUAGCCCUAAAACAGAGUCUUUACAAUUCAGGUUGACUAUAUUGAAAACUGGGAAGCCAACCUCAUUUUGGCUUAGUAAAGUCUCCAAAAAUUAUGUCUCAUUGGUUGUUAAAUUAUGCAUUAAUGAGAAUGUUGAUAUGAGCAAAGCCAAAGUAGGGAAACCAACUUUAAGAAUAGACAACAUUACACACAAUUUGAUCAGUAGAUUAAAGGAGUUGAGAAGGGUUGACCUAAGAAGAAAUGUUGGGGAGAAUAACUACUAUGCUGAGAGUAUCAUGUAA